AUGAUAUCACAGUCCCCCGCCAGCCUUACUUUCAUCAGCGCACAUAGCACAAAACAGAAACCGUCGGUCCACGCCGCGGGUGGAGACAAGGCAUCCCAGCCCACCGCAGGGCUGACUGAUGAUGGCAUGGCUGGCGUGGGGGCCGCAGGUGGCAUCAACAUCAACAUCGACAUCAAAAUCAAGCUGAACUCCCCCCUUUCUCAAUCGUCGAAUCCGUCGUCCUAG